AUGGGAGAGCAGCCAAUAGAAAGUUUACCUUUUAGUGGUGAACAGUUGCUUCUCAAUCUGGAAGGAAAAAAAGCUACAAAAUACUGUGAUGAAACCGGGAACUGGUUUAAGCAUCCAGAAACCAAUCAUACUUGGUCCAACUAUACGUUGUGUAAUAAAUUCAUAGAUUACAAAAUAAAGAGAAAGAUGACAAGCUUUGCAUCCACUGAAAAUUAUGAAGAAAGUACAACUGAACCAUCAUUAAUUGAGACUGCACAAGACCUAAUAAGGCAAAAGAUAAUGGAUGCACAGUUUAAAUGUUAUGAAAAAAUGGUCAGGGACCCUUUAUAUGAUAAACCAGGUCUAUACUGUAACCGAACCUGGGAUGGUUGGCUAUGCUGGGAUGAUACACCAGCUGGAACACUCAGCAUGCAGAACUGCCCGAACCACUUUAAUGAUUUUGAUGAAACCGAGAAAGCUACAAAGUACUGCGAUGAAACUGGGAACUGGUUCAAACAUCCAGAAACCAAUCGAACUUGGUCCAACUAUACAUUUUGUAACAAGUUCACAGAUUAUAAAAUAAAGAUGGCGCGUAUUCUUUACUAUAUGGCUGUUGUGGGUCAUACACUGUCAAUUAUAUCGCUAUUGAUUUCUCUGGCUAUUUUCUUCUAUUUCAAGAGCCUCAGCUGUCAAAGGAUAACACUCCAUAAGAAUUUAUUUGUCUCCUACGUAUUUAACUCAGUCUUUACACUUAUCCAACUUAUGGUGGUGGCCAAUGACAAGGAGGUAGUUUCCCAAAAUCCUGUGGGAUGCAAAGUGCUGCACUUCUUCCUCCAGUACAUGUUGGGCUGCAAUUACUUUUGGAUGCUUUGUGAAGGGAUCUACUUGCACACACUCAUUGUAGUGGCUGUAUUUGCUGAGGAACAACAUCUGCACUGGUAUUAUCUUCUGGGUUGGGGAUUUCCUUUAAUACCAGCCAGCAUUCAUGCAGUGGCAAGAAUGAAAUACUUUAAUGACAAUUGCUGGAUAAGUGUUGAAACACAUCUGCUUUACAUAGUACAUGCUCCAAUUGUUGCAGCUCUAUUGGUGAACCUUUUCUUCUUGCUCAACAUAGUCCGUGUCCUGGUUACAAAGCUAAGAGAUACCCACCGUACUGAAAGCAAUAUGUACAUGAAGGCUGUUCGAGCAACUUUAAUACUUGUGCCACUGCUGGGAAUUCAGUUUGUCAUUAUCCCUUGGAGACCAGAAAACAGACUUGCUGGCGAAAUUUAUGACUACAUUAUGCACAUAUUUGUGCAUUACCAGGGUUUGUUAGUGGCCACCAUAUUUUGCUAUUUCAAUGGUGAGAUGCAGGCAGCUCUGAAGAGACAAUGGAUGCAAUAUAAAAUGCAAUUGGGCCAGCGACGUCGUGAGCACUGCUCCAUGCGUUCAACCUCGUAUACAGCGACAUCUAUCACAGAGGUUCCUGUUUACCUGUAUCAUCAGGACAGCAAUAGCGAACAUUUAAAUGGCAAAUACAUGGAAGAAUCUGAAAUUGCUGCCCUAAAGUCAAAAGAGAUGUAUGCCUAA